CUAUGCCUUUGAUGGUUAUGAAUAAACUCAGCUCAUGUUCCAGUUAUGCACUGCAGUAGGCACAAAUUGUGUUGUUGGUAAGAGCCUUGAGCAUCGUACAGGUGAUAGUAUGGAGAGCACCUCGGGGGAUGGGUCUAAGAGUCUUCCACCCCUCUUUCCUUACCAGCAACCUCUCAAGAGAACUUUUGGCCUGCUGCAUAUUUUGAGUGCCCCUGUGCCACACACACUGUAUGCAUUUACAAACGGCCGUUCUUUCGCCGAGAUUUGAACCUGAGCCUUUCGGUACAGCAAUCAUCAUCACUAACCACUAUCCCGGUUGGGUGGCGUGUUUUAUUUGUUAUAUAAAGUAAAGCAUAACUUGCAUGUGCUUUAAAUCUUCACUACAAGAAGCUAAAAGCAGUCUACCAUACAUGUAAGUGCUUUAACAAGAUAAAUAAUGCUACCAGAAGGCAUAGCUGUGUACUUUUAAUCUGAGGUGACGACACUCAUGAGGAGACUUCAUAUAAGGAUUGGUAACUGACUAGUUUGCUAUUUGUUUAAGUUGCGUAUUACUGCGUAUAAAGAACUAAAACAGAUUUAUUAUGAAUCUAAGAGAAGCUGUAUUAACAAUAACAACAUUGAAGACAUCAAAAUAAUUAUUACAAAUAGUAGUUAUCUCAUUAUCUGAGGAUCUUGCUAGCGGCAGGAGUCUCUCUAUUCAAGAUUUGAGCAUUUUAAUAUAUUGAUGUGUCUUGAACAGUCUUCAUACUGAAUUAGUCAUGCCCUCUUAAUUUUUUGGUUGUAUUUUAUGUUUUGUUAUUCAUUAUAGUUUAAACAAUAUUAGAAGACAAAAUGAUAUAUUAUUCCAUAAUCUUCCAUGAAAUUGAGAGGCUUUGAUGGUAGAAACAGUGCAAAUUAUUAAAUCUAUUGAUACUGAUCGAGAAGUUGUAAUGUUAACUGGAGGUGUUACUGAAUGAAUUAUUGCUUCUGCUGUGUCAGAGCAUGUUGUCUUGCACUUUGUAACAGCUUGAAGACUGAAACUUAUGGGAGACUGCUCACAUGAAUUUCUUAUCUUUGUGUGGACUGCUGUAUAUUGCCCCUCCAUUAUCAUCAUGAUGAUAUGUAAAGGUCAGAGAAAUGCACGUCUGCCAGAAUAAGUUUAAUGAAUAUUUGGUUUGAGGCGAUUUGCACAUCUAGAUUGUAAAGAAUCAGGAAAGCAAGUAUCCAUGUCUGUAAUAGCCAUAAAUGCUGGUUUCACAUGGUCAUUUGAGACAAACUAUUUUUUUAUGAAUGGAUAAUUUAAAAACUUUUGCAUGUUUGAGCACUUUAAAAGGACCAUCGUAAGGUGGUUGUAGUGGCUGUCAUACUGCAUCAUGUUGCACAAACAUAUGCCAACAUGUUUUGUAAAGUUUUGUGAAUAAACAGUUUUUUUGUUGCAUGUGAUUUAGUUGGAUUUGAUUUAAGCAGCUGCGUACAGCUUCGAAGUUAUUCAUUAUGUUCAACAGGAUCAGUUUCAGAAUUCAAUGUGUCAAGAAAAAUAACCUGAAAGUUUAAUUGUAGUUCUGCAUACAAGUUCAGGAGGAGUGUAAUCAUUGCUUUCUUUGAAAGCUGUUCUCAGACCAAGUUGCACUGUUGUUAAAAUUUCUGUCAAUUUUUGAGUUUGGUGACACAUUAAUGCAGUUCUAAAGAAUGGGUAAAAUUCCUCAAUUAAGCCGUUGCUUUGAAUAUGAUAAGUAGUUGUGUAUAUUUGUUGUAUGCCUAAGAGUUUUGUUAAAGCUUCAAUAAACAAGACUCGGAUUUAUGUCCUCUGUUGUAAUAGUAGUUGGAACACCAAAUCAAGAUAUCCAGUUCAUGUUGAAAGCCUCUACUACUGUUGUAGCUUGUAUACUGAUGAUGAGGAUAGCUUCUAUCCAUCUAGUGAACCAACUGAUAGCUGUUAGACAAUGCAUCUAUCGAUCUAAAUGUGAAAUUGGUCUGAUGAGAUCUGAAAAUGAAAUUGCAUAGAAAUUCCACUAAAUGAUUGUGAAAGUAAUGAAGUGUGCUUGUGUAUUUGAGCUUUUUGACAUGGAAAUACUCUAUGUUGCCCAGUUCACAACAUCUUUGUUGAUGUUUGGCCACACAUAAUGGCUACGAACUAAUUUUGAUAUCAUUCAAAUGGCUGAAUGAGCUAAAUUAUGUAUGCAAUUGAAACACGCAAUUUUUGGAAUGCCUUGGGAAUAUUAUAAGGUCUUGCUAUGCCAGUAGAUAUAUCUCAAUAUAAUUCUAUUUUUGAAUUUAGAAGCUUAACUUUUUUUUAUUUCUAAAGAUAAUUAGUAGUAUUUGAUAUUUAACCCAAUAUCUGUUGUUUGUAUAACUGAGCAAUUUCUUCGUAAUCAAUAUGACCAAUAAUUUUAAUUUCAUGAGUGCGAGAGAAUGGGUCGGUAACAUAAUUAUCUGUUCCUUUUAUGUAUUGGAUAUCAGUGGUGAAUUUUGAAAUAAAGUUAACAAUUUUGACAUAGGGAGCACUAUUUCAGGUUUUUGUUUGAAAGCAAGUAUUUGUGGUUUGUGAUCGACAAACACUGUAAUUUUUUUCCUUUUUUUUGUGUGUGUGUUUGUGUGUAUCAUUAAAAAAUGAAAAUUAAAUUUCUAUUAUAGGACAACUGGUGUGUAAGAAAAUUAUAGGUGUAAGAGCUAUAUCAAAUGCAUUUAAUUUACCUGAUACUCACAAAAUGCUGCAAAAAACAUGUCGAGAGUUUGCUGAAAAAGAAUUACAACCUAUUGCUGCAAAAAUCGACAAGGAGCACUUAUUUCCAAAAGAACAGAUUAAAAGGCUUGGUGAAUUAGGUUUACUGGCUGUAACUUUACCUGAAAAUCAAGGAGGCGCUGGAUUAGAUUACUUAGCUUAUGCAAUAGCUAUGGAAGAGAUAAGUAGAGGUUGUGCUUCUUGUGGGGUGAUUAUGAGUGUAAACAAUUCUCUUUAUUUAGGUGGAAUACAAAAGUUUGGAAAUGAUGCACAAAAGAAGCAGUAUAUAAGUCCGUUUAUUAAUGGUGAUCGUAUUGGAUGUUUUGCAUUAAGUGAACCUGGUAAUGGCAGUGAUGCUGGAGCUGCAUCUACUAUUGCACGACUGGAAGGAGAUUCAUGGGUUUUAAAUGGAACUAAGGCCUGGAUUACAAAUGGUUAUGAAGCUGAAGCUGGACUGGUAUUCGCUACUACUGAUAAAUCAAAAAAACAUAAAGGCAUCAGUUGCUUUAUAAUUGAUAAACCAACAGCAGGUUUGACAUUAGGCAAGAAAGAAGACAAGUUGGGCAUACGAGGAUCCUCAACUUGUAAUCUAAUUUUUGAAGAAUGUAGAAUUCCAAAAGAUAAUCUUCUGGGUCAGCCUGGUGAAGGAUUUAAAAUAGCCAUGAUGUCACUAGAUGCUGGAAGAAUAGGUAUUGCUGGACAGGCUUUAGGCAUUGCACAGGCUGCAUUGGAUUGUGCUGUUCAUUAUGCUGCUCAAAGACAGGCUUUUGGAUCACCUAUUAUAAAAUUACAGGCAAUUCAGUUGAAGUUAGCUGAAAUGGAAAUGAAAAUAGAAGCAGCACGUUUAUUAACUUGGAAAGCUGCAUCAUUAAAAGAUGCUGGAGAAAAAUUUACUAAGGAAGCUGCUAUGGCAAAAUUAGCAGCAUCUGAAGCAGCCACAUUUGUUUCUCAUCAGGCAAUUCAAGUAUUAGGUGGAAUGGGUUAUGUUUCAGAUAUGCCAGCUGAGCGACAUUACAGAGAUGCUCGUAUAACAGAAAUCUAUGAAGGUACAAGUGAAAUUCAGAGGCUUGUGAUUGCUAACAACCUCAUCAAAGAAUAUGGGCUAAACUAAGUACAAAGAAUCACUACAACACAAAAGUGCCAAGAAAUGAAAUGACAAUUUUUGUAUUUGAAGUAUUUUUAUAUUUUGUAAUAAAGUAAAUUUACAUAUUA